CCCCCCCCUCCCUUCCCCGUUGCUCCGCCAGUGUCGGGCGUCUUAUCGUCGUCGAGGGACCUGGGCAUGAGUCCGCGCAGCUUACCAGAGCAGCUGGUUUCUGCUCACGCCGAAUCUUCUGCUGGCAGAGAUUCCGUCUCCAGUCUGUCGUCAAGUCACCAUCACUCCAGAUCCUCCCUACUCUCCUCCCACAAAUCCGUCACCGCGAUCCCCCCAAGCCUGUUGCCGUCCGCGCCUGCCUCCCCUCCCACCCCGGCGCCGAGUCCUACGCCAAACCAGCGACUGCCGAGUUGGCACUCGGUCGAUGAGGAGGAGGAUGCCUUUCUCCUGAACGCCCGAAUCCAUUUCAGCUCGCUGUCGAGCGCCAAGAGACAGAAAUUCCUCGUGGGCAUUCUGGGCCUGUGCGAUAACCAGCAACUCAGUUUCGUCUCCAGUUAUGUCGGGCCUCGCUUAAGGAAGGACCCCUUUCAGGUUUUCCCAACCGAACUUUGUCUCAGGGUGCUCUCCUUCAUCGACGACCCCAAGACCCUCGCGAGAGCAUCCCAGGUUUCACGCCGAUGGCGAGAGUUGCUGAACGACGACAUCACCUGGAAAAACCUCUGCGAAAAGCACGCCUACACAGCCCGGCGGAUGUCAGAAGGCGAUCGAGAUUCCCUUGCCUCGUCCCGCGCCCACUCUUACCAGAUCGUGCCUGGCGCACGCUCUUGGAACAGUUUUCAAAGGAAGCUGUCUGCUUCGAGCUACCAGCCUGCAGAGAGUUUUUCGGAUUUCUCUCAGUCGGUUGCCAGCGAGUUGUCUGCGUCGACCAGAACCCCGACGCAGAAACGGCGGGCCCGGCCCCUGUCUUAUCGGUCUCAUUUCAAACAGAAGUACAUGGUUGAAUCAGCAUGGAAUAAAGGAGGUAGAUGCACGCAGCGGCCUAUUACUCCAGAGCAAGGCGUCGUCACAAGUCUUCACCUUACUUCGAAGUAUAUAGUGGUCGCUCUGGAUAAUGCAAAGAUUCAUGUCUACGACACCAACGGAGAGAAUCAGAAAACACUGCAGGGUCAUGUUAUGGGUGUGUGGGCGAUGGUUCCAUGGGAUGACAUUUUGGUGAGCGGUGGUUGUGAUCGGGAAGUUAGAGUUUGGAACAUGGCGACCGGCGCGGGAAUCCACCUUUUACGCGGCCAUACAUCCACUGUUCGCUGCCUGAAGAUGUCGGACGAAAACACGGCCAUCUCAGGGUCCAGGGAUACCACUUUGCGGAUAUGGGAUCUUGCCACGGGCACAUGUAAAAAUGUCUUGUUUGGGCAUCAAGCGAGUGUCCGCUGCCUGGCCAUUCAUGGAUCACUAGUUGUCUCUGGGAGUUACGAUACAACUGCCCGCAUAUGGAGCAUCCCUGAAGGGCGCUGUCUGAGGACGCUCUCGGGCCACUUCAGCCAGAUCUAUGCUAUUGCUUUCGACGGACGACGGAUUGCAACAGGCAGUCUGGAUACCAGCGUCCGGAUAUGGGAUCCGCACUCUGGUCAGUGCCAUGCCAUAUUACAAGGCCACACCUCUCUGGUCGGGCAGUUGCAAAUAAGAGGCGAUACCUUGGUCACUGGUGGCUCCGACGGGUCGGUCCGAGUUUGGUCGCUCACCCGGAUGGUUCCCAUCCACAGAUUGGCCGCCCAUGAUAAUAGCGUCACCAGCCUACAGUUUGAUAGCACUCGCAUUGUCAGCGGAGGCAGCGACGGUCGCGUCAAGAUCUGGAGUCUGCAGACGGGUCAGUUGCUCCGGGAGCUUUCUGCCCCCGCCGAGGCCGUCUGGAGAGUGGCUUUCGAGGAUGAAAAGGCCGUCAUCUUGGCGAACAGGGGCGGUCGUACCGUAAUGGAGGUCUGGUCUUUUGCUCCGCCGCCAGAAGACAACCCUGACGAUUUGGUCAUCCUUGAGAGUGCCUCGAGCACUCCUGGUCUGCGUCCGAUGAGAGAAGGGAGCCAUGAUCUCUCUGCAGUCAGUGGUAGGCGCAGAGCCAUAUUCUCCGACCCUCCUCCAGCAAUAUCGUUAGGAACCGAAGCCGACCAGCCGAUGGCGGAUGCACCGUCCUCCUAGCCAUCCACAACCGUCCCCAAAUGACCCGCACCCCUCGAGGGCUUUUCUUCCGGCCUAGAUUUUGGUCUUAUCUUCCCAAGGUGCCUUAAUUGUCUCCGCCGUUUAACUGCUGUCGACUCCUCGGAGCUCCCGAGAUACCCGGCCCGGAAUAUGGUCUAUAUUUCUGCCAUCUGGGGG